AUGCCACAUGCGACAGCGAGGGCGCAGCUGAACGAGGCAUGGCGACCGACCAAGAUUAUGAACAUGCGCGAUCUUUCGCGUGACGACGACUUCCUAAGUCAUCUACUCGUCGAAAAGUUGGGUACUGGUGCUGUUCCCCUCGUCGUGCACAAAAUGGACCCGUCGCGAAGGCUACCAAAGACUGACUCGGACCAGCUCCUACAGAUAGUGCGACGUUUGGUGGCGUCCAAAUUGCCUUCGAAGACCGCAGUUCGUCAAGCAGUGGACAGCUUGUUGUCACUGUCUGCGGUUCGCUACUACCUGCGAUUGUACAGCCAGAAGCAGGUGAACGCGUUCGCCACUCAUGCGUCGCGCUACUUCGAGCUGUACAUGCCAACAGGGUCUAUUGAGAUCGCGCAUACGUCGCGGUAUUCACACCGGACGGGGAAGUCAGAGCUGUGCAUACUGGCUACGCGGUCCCUAGCGCCUGGCGCAGUUAUUAGCGAGCUGAAGGGCUCGAUGGCGGACCUGACGGAAGACGAGGACAAGGAGCUCAAACGAACGGACGAGCGGCACGCGGAUGGGGCGGGGAUUCGACGGGACUUCAGCGUGAUCCAUUCGAAACAGUUGAAGAAGAACCACCUGUUCCUAGGCCCGGCGCGGUUCGUGAAUCACGAUUGCGACCACAACGCUGAGUUGUUUCGUGAGGGGCGGUACAUCACCUUUAGGGUGCUCAAGCCGAUCGCGGUGGGAGAAGAGGUUACUGCGCAUUAUGGAGAUGGUUACUUCGGACGUAAGAACCGCCACUGCUUGUGCGAAACCUGCGAACGGAAUGGACGCGGCGGUUAUGGGCCUGAUGCAUCAGAUGACGACGCGUCCGAUUCUGGUUCCUCUCCCGCAGGUGCGAACUCCGACCAGGGUGCAUUCCAGCAGUCGUCAUCAAGCGAUUCGGACGAUUCAGAAGACGAGGAGGACGUGAACGUGAACGAGCGCCGCACGCGGCGAGGCGUUUACGCCGUCGUCAAUUCUGUGGCGGUGGGCGGUGGGCAGAUGGAGCUCGAUGCCGAGAUAGAGCCGGAUACCGCUUCAGACUUGACUUCGCUGCCACCUUCCCGCUCGUCAGUUCCACUUGCCCAGGUCGCCGGUCCUUCGAAGGGCAAAGGGUUGAUGACGCCAGAUCCCGAGCCAGCGCUCCGUGGAUGGCGCCACGACACAGCAUCGGUAGCAUCGACGCCGCGCAAGCUAACGCCUAGUACAGCGUCAACGCCGUUCAAGUCUGUCAUCUCGACACGUGGUCAAAAAGCCAGGGAAGCCGCUACUUCUGCGCAGCUGGAAGGAAGCCCUGGCAAGGGUGCGAAGUCUCGGCUUGGAGCCAACAGGCAGCUGGUGACGCCGCCGUUGACAACAGAUGACAGUUCAGCUUCCACUGCACCAAGUGUGCGCUCGUCUUCGCGCAUCCGGACCCGUGGUGCACUUUCAGUAGGGACAGGUUCUUCUCGUCUGACGACACCCUUGAAGGACAGGAAUGAUACCUCUGCCAGGGCUUCCGCUGCCGAUGUCUCGGAUUUGAAGCAGAAAAAAAGGGAAGAACCGGAAAUGCGCACAUUGCGUCCAAGAGUAUCUGUUCCAACGGUGCCCGAUCAACAGAAACCGUUAGUGAAAGUGCCGGGUGAGGGGCCCAGAGGUGUUGAUGGAAAGCCCCUCCCAACGUGCAUUACCUGCAAAAACGUACUUCCUGUGAUUUCGGUCGAUUCUCAGGUCAUUUGGGGUCUCGCACUCGGUCGAACGGGCAAGAGGGGAAGACCACGAAAGCAUGUGCAUGUGGAAUGCCCUAGGUGCAUGCGCCAUUUUGCAAUCUAUGCUAUGAAGUGGCCGGAUCGUGUUGCAAGCGACGGUGGUGCGGGUUUCGUCCCGACCCCGCGCGAGGACAGUGUUCCUUUGGGGGCGUCCUGGACGCGAAAGAUAACCAAAACAUCCCUCGCGGCGCUCGAUCACAAACUCGCCGCUGCUGCCUCGAGUACAACGUUACCCAAACGCCCAUAUAAGCGUCGCCGUGUCGUUGAGGAUGUCGGCGAUGAACGGCCUGUGAAGAAGAAGAAAACAAGCACAGGCCGUCCCCGCGGUCGUCCUCCAAAGAAUAAAGUGGGUAUGUCAAUCAAAGCGAAGGAAUUAUUGAACGUUGGUGUGCCUAAGGGACGCCGGAGCGGUCGCGCACGCGUACCUAGUCUAAAGCUGCGCGAGAGCGAGACUCCAAAGCUGGCCAUGCCAUUUUCACUGCUUCCAAAGCCUUCGUCGACGUCGUCGCUUUCUGCUACAGAAAGCGAUGACCCCAUUGACGUGAUUGGGGACGGUCCAGAAGAACCGACUGUGGAGGGCAAUUCGAACUCUGACGACAGUCCGCAGUCUGAGGACAGCCCUAAACUUCUAACCCCGAAAUCCCUGGCUGUUGCCUCACAGCCAAGGGAGAAGAAUGGAAGGUUUGGCAAGAAAGCGGAUACGAACGGCCGCUACAUGCGCAAGAACUUCCAAUUUACCGUAGGCGGUCGUCGCUUCUCUCGGGCCCACAAAGCCUUGAACAGGGCCAAAUAUCGAUCGCGAAUCCUAAGGAGGCCGGAGACGAGCGAGAGUGAGGAUGACCGACCCCUCAUAGAGGACCUCAUGUCCCACAAGCGGUAUGAAAUUGAAGAAGAGAAAGAAGAAGACGAACGACCGAGCAAGAGGCUUCGACUCGAAGAGGAGAGCUUGUCGCCAGAUGAAGACGAGGAAGACGACGGAAAUCCUUUCCUCCUCCCAUCCGAUUCGGAAUUACCUCAGCGUAGUCAUGCCGGGCUCGCUCUUUUUCGUGCCCCCAAUCCCAUGACAUUUGCCCGUCGCAAGUGGGCCCCAAUGCUUACGGGUGACUCUGCAGCAAUUGCCGACAGCACAGAUGGUACACAAGUGUCCACGGACGAGGACGUGGAUUUACCUAUAACUCCAGAAGAUGACGUGGACCCGGCUCUCACCAUCUCGGAACCCCUGGAUCUGGACGAGAUUGAGGGAAGGCUGGAGACUGUGGACGAUGACGACGGAGAUUCCGUAUCUUCUCGUCCCCUUCUGUCUGCUACGUAUGUUCCCAAGCUCACGUUCCGGCCUUCUCCUAUCAAUCUUGCCAAACGUCGCUGGGCACCAGUUCCCUCGAGGUUACAUGAGCGGGCGGAUGCAGACGUCCAGAAACCCUCAAUACCGCUCAUGCAAGAUACUCAGUCUGAUAUUGAUUACUCCGACAGUGACACUCAUCCUGCCGAACCCACUGGAGAACUGCUCUCUGACGAGGAGUAUGCAUCGGAAACAGAUGAAUACACGUCAUAUUCCCAAUGGAUGCACUCUCACAGCCUGUUUCUCUCUCAUCGCCCAGGAUCGUCCUCGUCAUACUCGUCAUAUGGCACGGCGGACUCAACUGAAGACUCAGAGCGGAUCGUCGAACAAAUUGUCAGCGAGCCUCUCACAACAGAGUCAAGGUCACUACUAUCACAUUCUUCGUCUGUAUCCUCCCCUCCCAAUCAAGACAAAUCCCCAGGAAUGGCAUGGAAGAAGACUGUGCUGCUACCUGUGGACAUUCCCUAUCUCAGCAAUCCGGCUGCGUCGUUUUCGGCGAACUUGCGCAGUUCUCCAGCUAAAUUGACUCUUGCCGGUUGGGACACUUCGUCAGACACGGACUCCUGA